AUGUCUAGUAUCGGCACUGGAUAUGAUUUAUCUGCAUCCACGUAUUCCCCAGAUGGCAGAAUAUUCCAAAUUGAAUACGCAAACAAGGCUGUGGAGAAUGCUGGCACUGUAAUUGGGAUUAGAACUAAAGACGGCGUCAUCCUCGCUGCACAGAAGCUGUUAGAUUCCAAAUUGCUCGUUUCUGGCACAGCCAAGCGUAUACUGACUGCUGAUAUGCAUAUCGGUAUGGCCUCUGCCGGUUUGCGUGCGGAUGGAAAGCACCUUCAGACAAGGGCGAGAGAGGAGUGCAAGAACUACCGCGACAACUACAUGUCGCCUAUCCCCCUCAAACACCUCUCUGACAGACUCGGCUCGUAUCUCAACGCGUACACGCUGUACUCCUCCGUGAGGCCAUUCGGGAUAUCCACAGUCAUCUCGUCGUGCGACAAGAACGGUCCACAGCUCUACGCUAUUGAGCCAUCUGGUCUCUACUGGGGAUACCAAGCUACUGCUAUCGGUAAAGGCAAGCAACUCGCUCAGACGGAACUCGAGAAACUUAAUUUCGACGAGCUGUCAAUGCGUCAGGCUGUGUUUGAAGCAGCUAGAAUUAUUCACCUCGUUCAUGACCCUACUAAGGACAAGGGAUUCGAGUUGGAGAUUAGCUGGAUCGGUAAAGACUCGCAGUAUAAACACGUUCACGUGCCUGCGCAACUGUAUGACGAGGCUAACGAGUUGGGUAAGACACAGGCUGAGUCUGGACGUAUGCAGGAGUGA